AUGCCCUUCUCACGCUCGAUCACCGUUGUUGGAUGCCACUCCGAAGGUGAAGUAGGCGAUGUAAUUACCGGAGGUGUCCUGGACGUCCCAGGCCACACUAUGUACGACAAGCUCGUUCACAUUUCAACGAAGAAGGACUACAUUCGCCAAAUACUGUUGAAUGAGCCUCGAGGUCGCGCAUCGAUGAAUACCAAUCUCGUUCUCCCACCUUGUGAUCCACGCGCGGAUGCCGGCUUUUUGAUCAUGGAAAGCGAGGAAUAUGCGCCCAUGUCGGGAUCAAACACAAUCUGUACCACUACCGUGCUAUUGGAGACUGGAAUGAUACCGAUGAAGGAGCCCAUCACUGAAGUGACUUUGGAUACCGCUGCAGGCCUGGUCACUGUAACUGCUGAGUGCGAAGCAGGAAAGUGCAAGAGCGUUGAGUUCAACAAUGUACCUUCAUUCGUCCUUGAGCUCGAUUUCAAAGUGAUGGUUCCCGGGAUCGGUGAAAUUCUAGUCGACAUAGCGUACGGUGGAAUGAUGUUUGUUCUGGUGGAGGUGGCCUCGCUAGGAUUGGCAGUCAGCAGUCAGCAUUCCCGUCAGCUAAUCGAGAUCGGAGAGCGUAUCAAACGAGCAGUGGAGGUAACUUACACUCCUAUUCAUCCCGAAAACUCCGGUAUCACAGGGUUCAGUGUGAUAGAAUUUACCGAGCCUUUGCAAAUUGAAGAUGGUUGCAAAGUCGCAGGUAACGCAGUGGUUGUCUCCCCUGGGCGGUUUGACCGUAGCCCUUGCGGUACAGGAACAUGCGCUCGACUGGCCACAAUGCAUGCCCGAGGUCAGAUCAAAGAGGGAGAAAUAUUUAAGCACAGAAGCGUCAUUGGCACUGAAUUUGUCAGUCGAAUCCGUGGAACAACCACUGUCGGUGACUACCCUGCUGUCCUACCCGCCGUGAAAGGUAGAGCUUGGAUUACCAGCUUCAAGCAAGUGGUUCUUGAUUCAACCGACCCUUUCCCUCAAGGCUUUAGAGUAGGUGACCAGUGGCACAUGCCACCGAACUGA